UCUUAACAGGUCACGUUUGUUUACCAAGGAGUCGUUGGCCUACUGAAACAAGCAUUGCAACUAGUGCAUUACAAACUCGACUGGAGCACUUGGGAAAAAAAAAGGUGGGGGAGAGGCCUACAUAGCUAACCAGCUUCAUAUUCUUCUCUCUCACCAAAAAUCUUUUUCUCCCGCACUCAAUUUUACGAUCACCGGAGCUGUUAAAUGGAAAUUAGCAACACGACUUUGACACCUAGGAGUGCUGCCGGAAAAAUGUCGUCGGAGCAAGUCAUCGUGGCCGUGAAGGCAGAGAAGGUGAUCACGAAGACGGCAAUGGCUUGGGCAUUGACUCACGUCGUCCAUCCCGGCGACUGCAUUACCUUGCUCGCCGUGUUUCCCGAGGAGAAAACCGGGAGGAGGAGAUUUUGGGGAUUUCCGAGGUUGAAAGGAGACUGCCGUGCUGCUGCUGGCGGUGCUGACCCGACGUCGACGAACAGGUUGCCUGACCGGAUUGGCCAGAUCUCUGAGUCGUGUUCUCAAAUGGUUCUUCAAUUUCACGAUCGAAUUGAUGUCAGAGUGCGUAUCAAAGUCGUCUCAGCUACACCUGCUGGCACUGUGGCAGCUGAAGCAAAGGAUAAUGCAGCCAAAUGGGUCGUAUUGGACAAAAAACUGAAGCUAGAACUUCGGCAUUGCAUGGAUCAGCUUCACUGCAACAUUGUAGUUAUGAAGGGUUCACAGCCAAAAGUCCUUAGGCUCAAUCUUGAAUGCUCAGACGAAAUUCAAACCCCUUUUUAUUCUGCUGCUUCUUCACCUGUUUUGGAUGUGCAGAAGUUGCAUGGACUGAGGAUGAAGCAUUCGACUCCUGUGAGUAGCCCUGAGGAGCCAAGCACGUCCUACACAAAAACCUCAGGAGAAACUUCAUUAUCCAGUCCUGACACUGCCACUUCUAAAUUCCUUGUGUAUCAACAAAAUCCCCUUUAUGAAAAACUAACUACGGGCAAGCACACUCCUAGCCAUAAACCUAAUGGCUUUGGUCAUCCACUUGCUUUGCCAGAUUCAGUUGAGGAAAGGACUGUAACCCUUUCUAUGAGCUCAGAAAAUUUAAGUUUGGAUGAUAAAAGAAUCUUUUGGAUUCCUCAGAACCACAAGAUAAGCGAGAAAGCCCAAGAAAUUGGAGACUGCCAAAAUGGAUUGCAAAAUACAGCACUACCUAUGAGAGAUGACCAUCACCACCUUGUGCCAUGUAUGUUGACAGAAGGGCAUAAACACAAUCUAACCUAUGGUAAAGAUGUUGAAUUUAACUCGAACAUCAGAGAUGCAGUUUCUUUGUGCAGAACUUUGUCAACACCCCCUCCUUUAUGUUCACAAUGUCAACAGAAGGCACCAGCUUUUGGAAAGCCCCCUAGGCAAUUCCUUUAUGAAGAGCUAGAGGAGGCUACAGACGGUUUCUCAGAUAUGAAUUUCCUAGCUGAAGGAGGGUUUGGUUUGGUUUACAGAGGUAUUUUGAGGGAUGGACUAGUUGUCGCAAUUAAACAGCUGAAGUUUUCUGGAUCUCAAAGGGACGCUGAUUUCUGUAGGGAAGUGCGAGUUUUAAGCUGUGCGCAACAUAGAAAUGUUGUGCUAUUGAUUGGAUUUUGCGUUGAGCAGAAGAGGAGAUUAUUAGUAUAUGAGUACAUAUGCAACAGCUCCUUGGAUCUACACUUACAUGGAAACUUGGAUACAAUUCUUGAUUGGGACAUGCGACUCAAAAUAGCUAUUGGAACAGCAAGAGGCUUACGAUAUCUCCAUGAAGAUUGCAGGGUGGGAUGUAUAAUACAUAGAGAUUUGAGGCCUCACAACAUCCUCCUGACCCAUGAUUUUGAACCUCUGGUUGCAGAUUUUGGUCUUGCUAGACUACAUCGUGAAUGGGAACUUUGUGAUGAGGAGCAAGUUAUUGGGACAUAUGGGUAUCUUGCACCAGAGUACUUCACUGAUGCCAAAGUUACAGAGAAAGUUGACAUAUAUGCUUUUGGCCUAGUGUUAUUAGAGCUAAUUACGGGUGAAAAAACUGGCGCCUUGCCAAAUUACAGUGGACAGCAAUUUCUGUUCAAGAACUUUCACCCUUUGGGUACUCUGGAAGAAAGCCAUUCUUUAGCAGAUAAACAGAGGUUUCUGGAUCCCUGCUUGGUUAGUUAUGAGCUCCAAAGUUUCCCAUAUGAACUACGGGCAAUGAGCCAUGCUGCAUCCUUGUGCCUACAGAAAGAUCCUGAUCUACGGCCCCCAAUGUCAAAGGUUCUCAGAAUACUAGAAGGAGGGGGUAAAGUUGUUCCUCUGGUAUUGGAUUCAAACUCAAUCGGUAGUAGAAGCGGGCACAUCAAUGGAUUGAAUCCAGGUAUAAGUACUACAUCAAGAAGAAAGCAUUCUCGGAGGCUUUCUCACUAAGAAGUCCACCUAGAGUAGUCCCUUAUCUUUGACUGGUGAGUGUGUAGUAAAUUCUUACGGUUACGAGUGUACUUCUGUGUAACAUUGUCUGUAUAUGCUUCUUGCUCACUUCUAGAGCCAAAUUUCAUGGCUAUAAAGAAAAACACGAGUUAGUUUCAAUUUUCUUCAUCAUUUUGUCCUUUAGACCUUGGUCAUCAACCUUUCAGUGAAAAAGUAACCUGUAGCGUUGAUCAGUGAAAGUGACACUUUGUUCUCUUGCCCAAGACUUGAACUCUAUAGCACAGGAUCAGUUGCUUCAAAAUGUUCAAAUAGAUGGCAAUCCAAUAUGCUUCGUGUUCAGUUUCA